AUGGCGUUGCAGCACGCCAGUCCAGCUAGCUCCACACUGACCACUGGCCGUCAUGGCCGGAGCUCCGCAGCCGUCCUCCGUCGGCCACCGACGGACUCUAGCAGCCGUCUGAGGGUGCAGGCGCAGUCGCAGAAGCCCACCGCCGGGUCCCGUGGUGGCGCGGGAGCCGAGACGACCGCGACGUCGUCCUCCUCACUCUCGGAGACGCCGUCCUCAAGGCCGCCUGAGCUUAGUUCUCUGAGGAUAGAACACGCGUGCGCGUUUUGGUUCGUUUCGCACGCAGGGGAUCUCACGCUGAGAGCUUACGAGGAGGACUGCGAGUUCGCCGAUCCGGCGGGCUCCUUCAGAGGCCUGCGGCACCAAUUUUGGGUCUCUGCUCGAGAAAUCGAACAUGAAGCUCACCAAAUGGGAGGACCUGGACCUGGAGGACAAGUCUAUCGGGCACUGGCGUUUCAGGCACGUAGAAAAUUGGAACGUUCCAAAGAUGGCGCUCCUGCGGCAGAUUUUCAGGCCGAGCCGAAGGGUCUGGGAGGGGCCCGGCCGCGCGGUGUUGGGCCUGUUGGCUCACGCGCCCAGAACCUGAGCCUCCCUUUCUGCAUGUGGGCUCUCACAAUACCAUGGUCCACCCGUCACCAAGUCAUGUUGGAAAUUCGCUCGCACGAGCGGCGCAGAGGCACGACGAGGCGCAUAAUUAGCGGACCGUCGAAGGCGUGUCGAUCCAUCCUAUGGUAUUCGUCCCCACUCCAGCCUGUGGCGUCGGCGGCGAUGCUCCGGUCUGCUGCCCGCUCGCUCCGGCUCCGGCUCCGGCUCCGGCAGCCCCUGGAGCAGCAGCGGUGCCUUCUGGCAAGGCAAUUCCUCAGCAGCUCCGUACCCACCGAGACACUAGGCCUCCUAAGGAGUUCUACACAUGUCAGAAGCUACAGCAGUCAACUUUCUGCUUUGAUUCCAGCUACUUCCCAAUGCUCAAAUCUGACAAGAAAACGUUGUUACUUACCUAAUUCCUCUCUGUACCAAGUCUGGAGUAGGUCAUUUGCUUCAGACAACGGAGACAAGUUUGAGGCUGUUGUGCCCUUCAUGGGUGAAUCUGUAACUGAUGGAACUCUUGCUAACUUCUUAAAGAAACCUGGUGACAGAGUCGAGGCCGAUGAACCCAUAGCGCAGAUUGAAACUGAUAAGGUCACUAUAGAUGUUGCAAGUCCUGAGGCUGGUGUUAUUGAAAAGCUCAUUGCUAGUGAAGGUGACACAGUUACUCCCGGCACUAAAGUUGCAAUCAUAUCCAAGUCUGCUCAACCUGCUGAAACACAUGUUGCUCCAUCUGAGGAAGCAACUCCAAAAGAAUCAUCACCGCCUAAAGUUGAAGAGAAACCAAAGGUAGAAGAAAAAGCCCCAAAAGUUGAACCUCCCAAGAUGCAAGCACCAAAGCCAACUGCACCAUCAAAAACGUCCCCUUCAGAACCACAGCUCCCUCCAAAAGAACGAGAGCGGAGGGUGCCGAUGCCAAGGCUCAGAAAGCGUAUUGCAAACCGGCUUAAGGAUUCUCAGAACACCUUUGCAAUGCUGACUACAUUUAAUGAAGUUGACAUGACCAAUUUGAUGAAGCUUCGUUCUGAUUAUAAAGAUGAAUUUGUCACAAAGCAUGGUGUCAAAUUGGGCCUAAUGUCUUGCUUUGUCAAGGCUGCUGUUUCUGCACUUCAAAACCAACCAAUUGUCAAUGCUGUCAUUGAUGGUGAUGACAUCAUAUACAGAGACUAUGUAGACGUCAGUGUUGCUGUUGGCACGUCCAAGGGCCUUGUGGUUCCUGUUAUCCGGGAUGCUGAUACCAUGAACUUUGCUGACAUUGAGAAAGGGAUAAACAACCUUGCAAAGAGGGCAACUGAGGGGGCGCUCUCAAUUGAUGACAUGGCAGGAGGAACAUUUACCAUCUCCAAUGGUGGUGUCUAUGGAAGCCUCAUCAGCACACCUAUCAUCAACCCCCCACAGUCGGCAAUUCUGGGGAUGCAUUCCAUUGUGCAACGCCCUGUGGUUGUGAAUGGUGACAUCCUCGCGAGGCCAAUGAUGUACCUCGCGCUGACAUACGACCACAGGCUGAUCGACGGCAGAGAGGCUGUCUUCUUCCUGCGGCGCAUCAAGGAUGUGGUCGAGGACCCCAGGAGGUUGCUGCUUGACAUAUAA